AGAGUGAAUGUAUGAAUGGUGUGUUUUGUGUUGAGUGUUUGACAGGUUUGCAGAUUUAUUUAUCUCAUAUUUGUCGAAUAGAAAGUGAAAAGCAAAUUGUACUCUGGUAUUUUAUUAAUUGUUAUAAGACAUAAACGUUAGCAUAUUAAUCGCAAACAAUAGUAAAGGUUAAUCAACAAGUGUUUAUCCACUGAUUUGACAUUUGGAUUGAUAGAAUGCUACAAUAGUUCUGUAGUAAACAUUAUUCAGAUCUACAAAAAAUUAUUGAGAUGAGCGCGGGCGGGCCUCGGGCCAUGAAUAAUCUGCCACCUGGUGUGAAUCCUGAUAAUAAUUUAUUACCUGGAGGACCUAUCAUCAAUCCAAACAUGAAUCGAAACAGGAAUAACAACCAAAAUCCCUUGUUCAACGUUAGGGAGAGGUUAUUCCAUGCUCUCUUUUUCAAGUUCGCUGUAGCAUACGCUCGGACAUUUCCGAGACCAGUGAGAAGGUUUUUUGAGUUCCUUGUGCUGCUGAAGGCACUAGUCGCCUUUUUUGUGUUAGCGUAUAUACAUUUAGCAUUUUCAAGAUCGCCCACCACAUGUUUAAAUCAUGUGAAAGAUUCAUGGCCUAGAGAUGGAAUAUUGAGGGUGGAGAUAUUGAGAAAUCCUACACAUGAUUACACUAUUGAGCAAAGCUAUGCUAAGGAACGUAAACUGAAGAAGGAUAAAGAGGAAAUGGAAUUAAACUCUAUGCUCGGGAUGCUGGCUUCAGAAGGGUUCAUCAACAUUGAAUCAUCAACCAAUGAUGAUAUAGAUGAUGAUGAAUACCUACGCGAUGGUACUGACUAUGGAAACAUCACGCGUGUCCACGACAAUGAUGAAGACAUGCCGAUAGACAGGGUUGUGGAGACAACUUAUAUCACUGGACUGGAAAGUAAAAAUGAGCCAACUGAUCUCAAUGCAACAAUAGUGUCUGGUGAAGAUAUAGAACCAUCAUCAUCCAUAUGGGAAGGGAUAAUGGGUUUCGUUGAAGAUAUUGACAAGGAUUCUAAAUUGAUUGAUGAAUCUCUGGACGAGGCAGCAGCGAACGACUCAUCAAAAGAUGAAGACUACAUUCUGGAGUAUUCGCUGGAGUACGGAUUCCUCCGCCUAUCGCCGAGUGCCAGACUCCGUCUGAAAAUACCGGUGAAAAUCGUCACGCUGGAUCCGCAGAAGGACGCGUGUUUCGGGGAUCCAUUUUCGAGAUUCGUUCUAGACGAGUUCUUAGGUUAUGAUGACCUCCUCAUGGCGUCCAUAAAGACUUUGGCAGAGCAGGAGGAUAAUAAAGGAUAUUUAAGAAAUGUUAUAACCGGCGAACAUUAUCGUUUCGUCUCCAUGUUGACUGCCCGAAGUUCUUACAUAGCAGCAUUCUUUAUUAUGCUAGUUUUCACGGUGUCCAUAUCAAUGUUGCUGCGUUACGCCCAUCAUCAGAUUUUCGUGUUCAUCGUGGAUCUGCUGCAAAUGCUAGAGUUCAACGUGACAGUGUCGUUCCCGGCGGCGCCAUUGUUGACAGUCAUUCUAGCACUUGUCGGAAUGGAGGCUAUCAUGUCUGAAUUCUUCAACGACACCACAACAGCCUUCUACAUCAUCCUGAUUGUGUGGAUUGCUGACCAGUACGAUGCCAUAUGCUGUCACACUGCUAUCGCGAAACGGCAUUGGUUGAGAUUCUUCUACUUGUACCACUUCUCGUUCUACGCAUAUCACUAUCGUUUCAACGGACAGUACAGCAGUUUGGCGCUCGUCACCUCUUGGCUUUUUAUUCAGCACUCCAUGCUGUAUUUCUUCCAUCACUACGAGUUGCCGGUAAUACUACAACAAGCUCAGCUGCAGCAAGUUCUAUUGCGUACGCACCGUGGCAUGGCCGGUAUGAUGGGGUUGGCUGGGAUAGCCGCUAUGGCCAGCGGUGCCGCUUACCACGACGCACCAGGCACCGGCACGCAAGCUUCUCCACCCACAACGCAGUCCACGACACAAACUGUCCAAAACACUGCACAGUCUACCACGCAGACCUCGCCGUCUGUGUCCACUGCGCAGACUAACACCACUCACACGGGUGAAGUGAUAUUAAAUAGGCCUACGGAUACUAACGUAGUUGAAACUACAGCUCCAGCACAGCCUGAAACUGAAGAGCGCGCUCUCGCCGCGCCAUCCACUGACGAAAUCAGAAACACUGAUAAAGAUACUAAUGCUACGAACGGAGAAAAUGCCAUCAAAAUAGAAGUAAUUGCUAGGAAAAACUCCCAAUCUGAAGUGAAAAUAGUUGGUAGUAAUUCAAACGUGAAUAACAUCGAGAAUCUCUUGCCUGAAGCAGCCGGAGACGACAACGUGGAAGUAGCUAACGUUGAAGCCGAGACUUCGACUCUAGAUCGCAGACGAAAAGAGAGGAUCGAAGUAAACAAUGACGAUCCGCCUCUGGUAACUAACGAAGCAGAAGUGGCUAAAGAAAGGCUAGCUCCCAGAGCUUCUCCCGAGACCGACGACGUAGAUUAGUGUUAGUUUAAUGUAACUAAACAAUCAAUUUACUUACCUAAAAGUGUUUAUUCCGUUGGAUCAUCUACCGCUUAUGUCAAGAAGUGAAUGGUUAUACUUGUAUAUUUAAACUAUAAACUAUGUAGAUAAUAUAUCAAAUUCUAAAGAUUUCCUCUUAAAUAAGUUGGUUAUGUAUAAGACGGCGCGUUUUAUUAAGAGUUUGAAAUAAAAAUGAACAAAAAUGUUUUAAAGUGAUUAAUUUUUAUUUGUAGAAAGCUUAUCAGUCGUCGAGUGGUGAUUGUUGUGUAUAGGAAAUAUUCCGUCAGCUUACGGCAAACGUGUAAAUAUUCAAAUAUCUAACUACUUUAGGAUCUUGUGUUACGGAAUUCGUCAAUUGUUACUUUGUUUAUGCUUAGUGAAUGGCGCUGAGUUAGGCGUACUCUUUUCAGUGAUUUAGUUCAUAGCAAUAAAAUAUUUUCGUUCA